AGCCCCGCGCCUGCGCCCUGGGCAGUUGCCGGUGAGCUUGGGAGAGCCGUGGGCGCUGAGGCGCUGUAGGUACCUCCCCCAACCCCUGACGAUUUCAGAGAGAAACGAACUACAAUCUGAGUUCAGGCCCCAGAUAAACUGUACACUGCUGGAAGGGGGCGAUGGCUGUGGCCCUGGGUUGUGCAAUCCAGGCCUCCUUGAAUCAGGGCUCUGUGUUUCAAGAGUAUGAUACUGAUUGUGAAGUCUUUCGUCAGCGCUUCAGGCAGUUCCAGUACAGAGAAGCAGCUGGACCACAUGAGGCUUUCAACAAACUCUGGGAGCUUUGCUGUCAGUGGCUGAAGCCAAAGGUGCGCUCUAAGGAACAAAUCCUGGAGCUGCUGGUAUUGGAGCAAUUCCUAACCAUCCUGCCCACGGAGAUAGAGACCUGGGUGAGGGAACACUGCCCAGAGAAUAGAGAAAGAGUUGUGUCACUGAUAGAAGACUUACAGAGAGAACUUGAGAUACCAGAGCAACAGGUUGAUAUGCAUGACAUGCUCUUGGAAGAACUGGCACCAGUGGGAACAGCACACAUGCCACCAAACAUGCACCUGGAGUCACCUGCACUCCAGGUAAUGGGACCAGCCCAGGAGACCCCAGUGGCAGAGACGUGGAUCCCACAAGCAGGGCCGCAGGAGCUGAACUAUGGUGCUGCUGGGGAAUGCCAGCCCUUUCUGGACCCUGGAUAUCCAUUACCAAAGCUUGACGUGAACUUCCCAUUGGACCACAGAGAAGAGCCAUGGGUGAAGGAAUUACAAGAGUCCAAAGAAAUGAAACAAUUACUUGAUUCCAAGAUAGGUUUUGAGAUCGGGAUAGAAAAUGAAGAAGAUCCUUCAAAACAGAAAAAACUGGAGAAUAUGUAUCCAUUUAUUGUAACUGUAGAGGGGAAUGCUCUCGAGGGUCCCAUUUUGCAAAAAGACUAUGUACAAUUAGAAAACCAAUGGGAACCUCCCCCAGAGGAUUUACAGACAGAUUUAACAAAACUUGUAGAGCAUCAGAACCCCCCUCUAGGAGAGACAGCUGAGAGCUCCAAUGUGGAAGAACCUCUCAACCCUAGACCCCAUAAGAAAAAGAGUCCAGGAGAGAAACCUCACCAAUGCCCUCAGUGUGGAAAAUGUUUUGCUCGGAAGUCACAACUUACAGGGCACCAGAUAAUUCAUUCAGGAGAGGAACCUCACAAAUGUCCUGAAUGUGGGAAAAGAUUCCUUCGUAGUUCAGACCUUUAUAGACACCAACGACUUCACACAGGGGAGAGACCUUAUGAAUGCACUGUAUGUAAAAAGCGAUUUACUCGGCGGUCACACCUCAUUGGGCACCAGCGAACACAUUCUGAAGAAGAAACAUAUAAAUGCCUUGAGUGUGGGAAAAGUUUUUGUCAUGGAUCAAGUCUUAAAAGACAUCUGAAAACUCAUACAGGUGAAAAACCUCAUAGAUGUCAUAAUUGUGGAAAAAGUUUUAGUCGAUUGACAGCUCUUACUUUGCACCAGAGAACGCAUACUGAAGAGAGACCUUUAAAAUGUAAUUAUUGUGGGAAAAGCUUUAGACAGAGACCAAGCCUAGUUAUUCAUUUAAGAAUCCAUACAGGGGAGAAGCCAUACAAGUGUACUCAUUGUUCUAAAAGCUUCAGACAGAGAGCAGGCCUUAUUAUGCACCAAGUCACUCACUUUAAAGGAUUGCUUUAAGAAUUGCUAAGGGAAGCAGGUCCUACAGAAAUUGACACAAACUCAAAAAUAUCUUAACCUGCAGCAGCCAGUUUGUCUUGGAAGCUUUUGUUUAAGCUUAUGAGAACAGUUUUUUUUUUCUUUUUUUGCUAUUUUUAAAACCUGUCUUCCAGGGCAUAUAAGUUCUAUAGUAUCUACCUAUUCUUGCAGCUUUCCUAGAUUUGAUUUAUUCUGUCUGCACAACUCUUAUUUUUUUAUUACAAUGAAAAAUUUUGUGUUCCAACGCAACCAUAUCAUAGGUAUAAGCAUAAAGCAUGUAAAUAAUGACAAUCCUUUCAGGAGUAAGGUCAGUCAAUAUAAUGGAUAAUCCUGUCUAUAUGACAUAGCUAUUAUAGCAGUACCAUAAUUAUUCUGCAGUCAUUAUUAAAGAUGAUUAUAUUCAUUCAAAACUUUAGAUGUGCCCCAUGUGGCAAAGAGACAGUAAAUUUUGUCAAUACAAAUGUGUCAGGAACAAAAUGAUGAAGGAGAUGUCAUUUUCUGGGUAAGAACUGGGUUAUUUCUAUUUAAAUUUUUUAUGAUUAAAGAAAUUAAGAUUUUAACCCUUAUGAAUUUUGCUAGUCUGCUUAGUUGGUAAUCUCUUGUAAUGCUACUUAAAGCAGAGUAUUAAUUUGGUAAUUUACUUUGUUCACAGAGUAAGUAAGCUCUAUGUCUGGAAGAAUCUACUUGACAGUUGAAGUUGUACAAGUAUUAAUAGAAUCUAAUUUUAUUUAGAUUGAAAAACCAGUGUCCAUUGCUUUUCACUCUCCUUUGGUAUUCAGUCAUAUGUCUUUCAAUCCUUUUUAAAUUUUACCCAUUCUUUAAUUCAGUGUCUCCCUAAGUAUGUGUCAUAGAACGCUUAGUGCUACAAGGCAUUCUGCAAAUAAGUUUGGGAGUUGCUUCCUAUUUCCCCUUCCUAGAUUCAUAGUGCACAUCAGCACAUGAGAAUCUCUGAAAGGUCCUCUAGUAAAGAGAGAAAAAGCACCUCUUUUGGCUCAAUGUCUUCCAAACUUAUUUGAUCCCAGAACCUUUUCCAUGUACAGCCAAUAAUAACCCACGGAACUAGUACUCUGUAGAUAUCCCUUGAAACACACUGCCUUAAACAAAUAUUUCUAUAACUUUCACUAUAGUCCUGUUGCUCCCAAACCUAGUUAUUUCCAGUUGUUUUAAGGGUGUUAUGAAAAAUUCUUGAAACAUAUAUAUCUUUUAUAUAAUACACAUACACAUGCACACACACAUAUACACAUAUCAUUUGAAGGAGGUGAGGGUCACUAAUUCAGAUAAUUUAUAAGUUGCCCAGUGAUUCUCAACCUCUUUAAAUUUUACUUAUAAUCACACACGUGCACACACACACAUGUUGCUACUUAUAUAAAUAUUCUCAUAUAAUUAUAGUGACAACCCAAAUUUCUGUAGCAAAGGAAAAAUUCUCAUUGUCAAUUAAACCUGUUAACACGUGAAAAUAUUCAUUGAGCCUAGUUCCUUGUUAAAAAAUAUAAGAAAUAGGACAUGCAAGCAUUUUUCUUUUAUGAAGUUAUCCAGUCACCCUUUCCUUGAACUACAAUUAGGGAAAGUAUAUCUCUUCUAUUGCAUUGAAGUUCUUGAAAGUGAUAUCCAUAUAAGUAUUUUGGGACUGUCUACUAUGUGUCUAACUAGUCCUGUUCUAGGCUUAAUGAAAUCUAGUAAAGAAAUAUAAUUCAUGGGUCAGGGUCAUAAAGAGUUUAUAAUAUCUUUAGCUAAACAAGAGUUGGGAAACAAGUAGAGAGCAAUGCAAGAGAGUUUGUAAUUAAGUGCCAAAUCAUAUUAAGUGCUAGACCCAGGAUGUGUCUGUAAUUCUUGUCAUCCAGGUCCCUAUAUGAUGCUGCUAUAAGUCUGGGGUUAAAGUUGAGAUCCCAGUAGCAAUAAACAUGUAAUAUGGGAGGAGUCUGAAUGUAAAGAUGAAAAAUAUCGAAUGUAAUGGCUUCUCUUUUCUCUCUUGUGGAAUUGCAUUCAAACCAGAACAGUGCCUUAGAAUGGAUGUGCCCAACUGCUCUGUAUUUAUGCAAUAUUUUAAUAAAGUGGAAAUGUAUAUGUU